GCGAGACCAGAGCCUCCAUCACCUCCAGCCUGUUUCUGACUACCUGAAGGCUUCAGCUUAGAGGACACAGAGUUACUCCCUGUUAAUACUUGGUGAAACGUUGCUGUUGUUAGGCUAUUUGCGGUAGCUGGAUUUUUUGGGAGAGUUGCUAUAGUUUUUUUUUCAAGUAAUUUUUGUGGAAACCUCCUGUAAUCAUGUCGACAGCAGUGGAAGCGGUCGGGUUCAUCAUGUGCAUAAUCAGCUGGCUGGUUAACGGUGCAGCGCUGGUUAACGACUACUGGAAGGUUUCCACCGUGUCCGGCAGCGUGAUCAUCUCUCAGAGGCAGUUUGAAAACUUGUGGCACGCCUGUGCUGAGAACAGCGCUGGAAUCGCCGAAUGCCGGGACUUUGAAUCGAUGCUGGCCCUCCCCGUUCAUGUACAGGCCUGUCGUGCCCUGAUGAUCAUCUGUCUGCUGCUCGGCCUCGGCUCCAUGAUUGUCGCUCUGCUUGGACUCAAGUGCAUCAAGAUCGGCUCAACCACCGAACAAUCCAAGGCCAAGAUCGCCACCACUGGAGGAAUCCUGAGCAUCCUCGCCGGUCUCAGCUGCAUGGUAGCUGCUUCCUGGUACGCAGCCAGAGUGGUUAAUGACUUCAAUGACCCGUUCUACGGUGGAAUGAAGUUCGAGCUCGGCACCGGCCUCUACAUGGGAUGGGCUGGAGCCUCUCUGGCCAUGCUGGGCGGAGCUUUUCUCUGCUCUGCGUGUAAGAGAGCGUCACCAAAGAAAGGCGGUUAUUAUGGAAAUGCACCACAGAAGGUCUACACGCCCACAGCCAAAUCAGAACCAGACGCCAAAGCUUAUGUCUAAACGCAAACUUUGUGCUUUGGAUGGUCCCCACAAUGUCAUAACAACGAGAUCAUACAGUGUAUACAGUACUGAGUGUCUGUAUACACUUUAUACUCAGACCAGUGUUCUUUGUUUUACUGUCAUUUUUUUCUUACUUGUUUUUGAAAAACAAUCUUAAAUCUUAGAAAAUCAAAAAGUUUAUAGAUGAUAUUGAUAGAUAUAACUGUUUGUGAAUCUGGAAACCCUGUGUGCAGUUCGUUUUUAUCGGAAUAAAGUUUGUAUUACAUAAGAAA